GCCCACCCCGAUCCCGGCUCUGGUGCACGGCCGUCAGUCGUCUCCGGGAGCCUCAGCAAUCAACAUGGAAGCGCAGACCGAGAAAGCGGCGCCGUUCGAGGUCCCUCUGGACAUAGCAAUGCAGUGCUUCACCGACGCCAACGACACGGAGAUGUUGGAGCGAUACAUUGCGGAGCUAGAGCGACAGCAGCAGCAGCAGGGAGCAGGCGUGUCCAAACCGACCAGCUCUGAAGUGAUCGCACCGAUGCGAAAGAAGGCCGGCCCACGACGCGCACAGCAAACCAGGAAAGCGCCACGGACUGCAAAACGCACCGCGACACCAGCGAAGCCCCGGCCGGCGAAGCUAGCGGCCCCUUCAAAACAACACCGCCAGUUUUGCCGUCUCCCAAAUAAUUUGUGCCAUCUUUUAAAAUUGUCUGCGUGUUAUUCGUGUCUGCAUUCCCAUGUCGUGUCCGAUAGUACAUCUUUGGGAAAUAUAUAGAAUAAGAAUAGGACCAUAAGUGUGUGUAAGUGUGUGGAAAAAUGUCAAAAAAAUCAAUAAAAUACUUGUAAAUAUGUAUCUGUGCGAGUCAUCAUUUAACACCGCGCACCGCAGACCCCUCCUGAGAGAGCCUAAAUU